AUGUCAAGUGAGGCGACAGUUUUGGAGCACCAGCCAGCGUAUCGCCCAGAUGACCCGGAGUUCUACCUGCAGGAUCAGGGGCAAAGGAGUCCUGGAGCCGAGUUGGUCAACGUGUUGGGACGUAUUGCAAUUCGUGUAGCCCGUCUUAUCGCUCUGAACUGCCUGUGGGCGCCUGUCAAUCGGAUCUUUUUGCUGCAGUGCACAGAGGGGGAACUUAUCCAAAAUGGGCGGCUUUCACAUGGUGGGUUUGGGGGCAUGCGGGGCUGUGCCCAUUACAUCAUGAAGAAGGAGGGGGCCGUGGGACUGUUCCGUGGAUGCUUCACAGAAAUGGCGUUAUCGAUUCCGGCUUACAUCGCCCAGGUUACGGUAAUCCUCUUUACUGUGCGGUUACAACAGCAGUUGGUGGUGAUCUCUCGGCCCGCUUCAGUCAUGCUUGGGGUGGCGGCACCAGGACUACGCGUACUGCUGACAGCACCUAUUGUGGGUUCAAAAAAAACCGUCAUGGGUAACUUUGCCGCGGACAUUGUCGCAUGCAAAGGUGACGUGGUGACAACGGAUGAUGAGGAGGAAGAAGCGUAUUUGUAUUGCUCUGCGUGGGAGGCCGCAGCGGCAGUACAGAAGCGUUGGGGUUGGAAAGGACUUUUUUUCAAGGGUGUAGACGUAGACAUCAUUGCCAUCUACACACAGAGCCUCACGAUGCAGCUGAUGGGAAUGGCGAUUGCGCCCAAGGUCGAAGAAAUUAUAGAAGAGCAUUUUCAGCGGCCAGGGAGGAAGGCUGCUGCGAUGAUCGCCUGUACUAUUGGUGUGCGCCUUAUCUGCAGCUUUUUAUUUCAGCCGUUUCAGGUCAUACGCGCACGCAUGACACUUCUCUCCACGAGUGUGAGGCAGAAACAGAAAAGAAACUGCCGGUUCUGGCAUCACGCAAAGGAUAUUCUGCGUCAGGACGGAAUUACAGCGUUCUGGGCUGGGCUUCGCAUGCGAUUUCUUCUCGAUGUAGGCGGUAUUCUGCUUAGUAUGCUUAUGGUGCAUUGA